UUGGAAAAUCUGUAUAAACGUCUCUGCUGUGGUAUCGCAGAGCAAGGGAUGGUUUUCCCAUUUUAACAACAUGAAGUUACUCCCUGCAGCACUGCCUUUGGUCCUGCUGGUCACUCUGCGGUGUUCCUCCGCUGUGAGUCCCACAGACUGCAAUGAUGCUGAGCCUGUGGCUCGGAAGGCUCUAGACCUGGUCAAUAAAGGACGACGGGAUGGUUACCUCUUCCAGUUGCUGCGGGUUGCUGAUGCCCACUUGGACAAAGCGGAAUCCGUAGCGGUCUAUUAUUUAGUCUUGGAUGUGAAAGAAUCUGACUGCCCGGUCCUAAGCAGGAAACACUGGGAUGACUGUGAGCUAGAUUUUUCUAGACGUCCAUCUGACAUAGUGAUCGGACAGUGUAAGGUGAUAGCUACAACAUGUUUGGAUGAAUCUCAGGAUCUCAGAGUGAAUGACUUUAACUGCACCACAAGUUCUGUCUCCUCGGCGCUGGCCAACACUAAAGACAGUCCAGUACUCUUCGAUUUCUUUGAGGAUACUGAGCUCUACAGAGAAGAAGCUGACAAAGCUCUGGAGAAGUACAAAAAGGAGAAUAGUGACUUUGCCUCUUUCAGAGUGGACCAAGUGAAGAGAGUUUCAAGAGCGAGAGGAGGAGAGAGAACCAAUUACUACGUGGACUUCUCGGUGAGGAACUGCUCCAGACACCAUUUUCCAGGGUACUUUCAUGUCUUUGGAUUCUGCAGAGCACAUUUAUCCUAUGACGCAGAAGCCUUUGACUUGGCACCCCAAAACAUUGUCAUAAACUGUGAAGUCUUCAACCCUAAGGUGCAUCAUUUGGGCCAUCCCCUCCACUCUGGUGAGCAUGAACAUCCUCCUGCUGACAGGCCUCCAUUUAAGCCUGGUGGACCUAGAGGUCACCGUCAUCCCUGUAAGCCACAUGAAUUUGGAUGCCCACCUCCUCUAGAAGGCAAAAGUCACUCAGGCAGACCACCAUUUCCAGCAGGACCU